CGGCGGCGGCGGCUGCAGGCAGAGCGCAGGGCUCACGGCACUGGGCGAUCGCCGUCGGGGCUCGGGCGGUGGGCAGUGGGCGCAGGCUCCCCGGUGCCCGCCCCUCCGCUGCGGGGGAGGGGGGCGCAAGCGGGCGGCCGGGGAGGGGCCGGCACCGCCGCCGCAAAAUGAGCCUGCUGUCGGCCAUCGACACGAGCGCCGCUUCGGUGUACCAGCCCGCCCAGCUACUCAACUGGGUCUACCUGUCGCUGCAGGACACGCACCAGGCGAGCGCCUUCGAUGCCUUUCGGCCCGAACCGCCCGCAGGCGCCGCGCCCCCAGAACUGGCCUUCGGAAAGGGCCGCCCGGAGCAGCUGGGCUCGCCCCUGCACUCCAGCUAUCUCAACAGCUUCUUCCAGCUGCAACGCGGAGAGGCUCUGAGCAGCAGCGUGUACAAGAGCGCCUCGCCCUACGGCUCCCUCAACAACAUCGCCGAUGGCCUCAGCUCCCUCACUGAGCACUUCUCAGACCUGACCCUCACCUCUGAGACCCGCAAGCCCAGCAAGCGGCCCCCACCCAACUACCUGUGCCACCUGUGCUUCAACAAAGGACACUACAUCAAGGACUGCCCCCAGGCUCGCCCCAAAGGCGAGGGUCUGACCCCGUACCAGGGCAAAAAGCGCUGUUUCGGCGAGUACAAGUGUCCCAAGUGCAAGAGAAAAUGGAUGAGCGGGAACUCGUGGGCCAACAUGGGGCAGGAGUGCAUUAAGUGCCACAUCAACGUGUAUCCGCAUAAGCAGAGACCCCUGGAGAAGCCCGACGGCCUGGACGUGUCCGACCAGAGCAAGGAGCACCCCCAGCACCUGUGCGAGAAGUGCAAGGUGCUCGGUUACUACUGCCGCCGCGUGCAGUGAGCUGCCCACCAUGCCCGCAGCCACCCGCCCAGCGGCCGCCCGGGACGCCGCUCCCUGUGCCUCUCCGCGUUGCCGUGUGUCCUGCAGCCUUACACGCCUGGGCGGGGGUGUCUUAGGUUCUCGUCUGAUGUGUGUUGCCAAACAGUGUUAUGGACGUGGCUGCCCCCACCGAAUGCUGGGGCUCUCUGCAGGUGGGCCUGGGGUCUGUGUGGAGGGGACAGGGGUAAGCAGAGGUCAGCACCCAGGACCCCAUAAAGCCCUUGGUGUCCCCUGCCGGCGGUCUUCCUCUGAGACUCCCUUUGGGGUGAGCAGCCUUAUAUUGGCCACAAGUGCACUAAAUGUACUGUGAAUCCCAAAGCCUGCAGGGGACUGUCUCCCCAAGACUAGCCAGGCCUCCUUCUCUGCCCACAACCUUCCAGUUUGCCAUGUGUGCAAAGCCACUCUCAGAAAAGCCCUAUGUUUGUGUCCUGUUUGAGUCAGCAAUCCUGGCGAGCUGACCCCUGUUCUAGCAGCUGCUGGGGAGUGGACAUCUCUGCCCCCUGCCCACCAUGAGCCCCAGACCCCACUGCCUGUGAUGUCAUUAGCAUUGCGUACCCUAGACCCAGAGGUCAGGGACAGGGAGGCGCUGAAUGUUGGCUAGUGUCCCACAGUGUGGCCUGGGACACAUCAGACAAUGCCUCUCCCCGCCCCCACCACACACUUUCCCCACUUGGGAUUAGACUUUGUGCUUGGAUUGUGUCAGGCCCCUUCCCUACCCUUGUCCUUCACCCACACCUACACCGGGGUCCACCCCCUGAUCGAGGCCGUAGGGCCCGGUGUGGAAGGCCCUCUGGCAGGACAGACACAGGCCUGGUGGUCUGGAGACCACCCUAGGUUCAUGUGCCAGCCCUGCUGCUCACACACUACGAGGCCUCAGGAAGGACUUCUCGACUCUGGCCCUCAGGGCACCCGCUAGUUACGUGAGAGAGGGUCUCCAGGGUGCGCAGGCCCAAUUCGGUUCCAGUGUUGUGGGGUUCACAUGAAGCUUUGUCCGGAGAGGCCCACCAAGCCCCACACUGCACAUGGUCACCCAUCACUCACUUCGAACAGAGCUGAGGGAUGCUGGUCCUCCCCUGUCACCACCUGUAACCCCUGCCCUUCCUGAUGUCCCCAUCCCACCUCUGCAAAAAUGAGGGAGAAGAAUCCCCCUCACGCGAGGCCAACCCAUCGUAAGCUACAGAACCUCUCUUUUAUAAAAUGGGACAAUGAUUUCCUACCUCCCAGGGGAGCAGGGAGGCCUCUGGGCAAGUCAUGUUGGUCAGGGAGACCACUGUCCCGGCUGGCGGGAGAGAUCACGCUCGCCUCUCUGCUCUCUCCCCUGUGAGAAGCCCUAUUUUUACUGUCCCAUCAUCCCUCCUUUCUCCCAGGGAGAGGGAGAGAGCCGGCUGGCGGGACCAGGUCCCUUGGUUUUGCCCCAACAUUAUGGCCUCUGUGGAAAAACAAACAAACAAACAAACAAAAAAUUCAGACCGUGCAAUGGGCCUGAAAUUCAGUGUUUACCAUGGCUCAAGGUCACCCAACUGGGGCCUGGUCGCCUUUUGUUUUCAAAUGAAAAUGCUGUGUACAACUGAGGGGUUAGAGGGAAGUGAUAACCAGGGGUCCAGGGAGCAAGUUGAAGAGAUGGUGUGAGUGCGUUUGCAGCCGG